AUGGGUGCUCCCGAGAAGAAGCCGAACCCGCCGCCGGCGAUCCUGGUGCCCAGAGUCUUCGACUUCCCACCCGCCGCCGCCCGCACCAAGAUGUCGGUGCCGGCGUACGAUCUCAUGUUCGGGAAGCUCUCCCUGCGCGCCCUGUUCCACGACUACUUUCACCAGCCCGGGAAGGGGGUCGUCGACGCGGGCCUUCUCUUCAGGGCGCCCUUGGACGACACCCGCGUUGAUCUCGCCGCCACCAUGUCUAAAAAUGGCGGGGAGGCUCUCAUGCGGUGGCAGAGGGAUGUGGAUGAUCCGCAUAAUUUUGUGGAUAUUCUCGCGUCGACUUCGAAACGCAUGUUGCGACUGAGGUCAGCCGCUUACUAUCCUAGUAUUGGUAUUGGCGCCUUUGGGACGUUCCCUCUGCUUAUGGAAAACAGGGCGUCUUCAGAGGACUAUGGUGUCAUGGGUUUAAGAUAUGUUUCACGGAAUCUAUCAAUUGGAGCGUCCUUUUUGCCGUUUCCCUUUCCUGGUGAGGUACCAUAUGGUGCAUGGUUAGUUGGGAGAAAAGGGAAUUUCAGCGCAGGACUACAAUACAAGCCACUUAGUGGAAGCAACCAUGCUAUGCCUUUUACAGACUUGAAGAACUGGAAUUGUGCAAUCAGCUAUGGCAUGCGCUCAACUAGCCCACUCGACCCUUCAUUACUUUUUGCCCUCGAGCUUGUCAGAAAUACACAGCUGGUGGCAUCGGUCUAUCAACACCAUAUUCUUUUAAAACAAGAAAAUGAGCGUCGUGGCAAUGAUCAUAUUACCGGACGAUUAAGCUACCUUGAUUUUGGGCUUGAGCUAGCGACAAGGGUUAAUGAAGACAAACCAGUGGACAAUGCUGACAAAUCCAUGUUUCAGAUAGCUGGAAGUUGGCAACUUAAUGAAAACUUACUAGUAAAGGCAAAGGCAGGUCCUUCCAAAUCUUCUGCUGCUUUAGCAUUGAAGUUUAAACCCUUCUUUACAGCCAGUGUUACAGUGGAAAAUGAUCAUUUGAAGGGUACCAGAUCAUAUGGAUUUGGAAUUCAUGCGAGAGAUGAUGAGACUGCAGAAUCCGGUUACCAAUCAGUCUACCAAACAGUGGAUCCAGAUACGAGCAUUUUGACCCAAACCAAAGUGAACUUUAACGGAGAGAGUAAGAAGCGCAAGUUUCAGUUUGACUCGCCUCCAGGCAACUUUGAGAACUUACCGACAGAGUUGAAGCCUGUCGACGGAGUAUUGUAA